AUGAAGACAGUAUACGUUAUAGAUGUUGAGAGCGGUAAUUUGCAAUCCUUAUUCAAUGCCAUAAAACGCAUAGGGGGUUAUGAUGUUAAGUUUAUUCAUGAUGCAAAAGAAUUCGCCGACUACAAUGAUAGUAUUGAAAAAUUAAUAUUCCCAGGUGUGGGUAACUAUGCUCAUUUUAUCAAGCAAUUACACGAUAGAGAGUUAGUGGAUCCAAUUACUAAGUAUAUCGAGAGUGGUAGGGCUCUUAUGGGUAUUUGUGUUGGAUUACAAGCAUUUUUCGAAAGUAGUGAAGAGAGUGAUAAUUCGGAAUAUCAGGGUUUGGGAUAUUUGAAAUUUGGCUUAUCCAAAUUCAAUAAGUCAGAUCCAGUCUUUACUCAAAGAAAACAAUUGAAAGCGGUUCCGCAUAUCGGCUGGAAUAGUGUUAAUACAAUCAAGGCUAAUAAUACCACUCUUUCGAAGACAACGUCUUUUUUUGGAAUCAAUACAGUUAAUAAAUACUAUUUUGUUCAUUCAUACGCGGCUAUACUAAAAGAUGAACAACAAGAAAAGGUGAUCAGCGAAGCCAUUUCAAAUGGCUGGGAUAUUGCUUUUGCAAGAUACGGAUCAGAAAUCUUCUUAGCAGCGGUAUCGUAUAAGAACUUCUUCGCCACGCAGUUCCACCCAGAAAAAUCUGGCGUUGCUGGUUUGAAAGUUAUCAAAAGCUUCUUGGAAGGCUCAAGGUUUAGUGAGGUCACUACAUCUGAUGCUCAGCCGGUUGAUAAUAUUGAAAAUACUUUGAGUGGAUUAACCAGAAGAAUUAUUGCCUGCCUUGAUGUUAGAAGUAAUGAUGACGGAGAUUUGGUUGUCACGAAAGGUGAUCAAUAUAAUGUUCGUGAAUCGUCCGGAGAUUCUGAUGAAAGUAAGGUAAGAAACUUAGGAAAACCUGUUGAAUUAGCAACGAGAUAUUACAAUCAAGGGGCUGAUGAGGUUACGUUUUUAAAUAUAACUUCAUUCCGUAAUUCACCUUUGAAGGAUUUGCCCAUGUUGAAAGUCUUGAGUACAGCAGCAGAAACAAUCUUUGUACCUUUAACAGUAGGUGGUGGAAUUAAAGAUUUAGUUGACCCAAUCUCUGGUGAAAAAGUGCCAGCUGCCAAGGUAGCCAGUUUGUAUUUUAGAUCUGGUGCUGAUAAAGUGAGUAUUGGCUCUGAUGCUGUCACAAUAGCCGAGAAUUAUUAUGCGAACAACAAACAUAAGACGGGAACUACUUCGAUUGAAACCAUUUCUGCUACCUUUGGUAGCCAGGCUGUGGUUAUAUCUGUUGACCCAAAGCGUAAAUACGUUCUGUCCCCAUCUGAAACCACAAUGGAAACCAUUCAUAUUCAGGAUCCUCUGAAGUAUGGUCCAGCAGGCGAGAAAUAUUGCUAUUAUCAAGUGACUUCUCAAGGUGGAAGAGUAACUCACGAAUUAGGUGCGCUUGAGUUAUGUCUUGCGUGUGAAGAUUUAGGUGCUGGUGAAAUUUUAUUGAAUUCAAUUGAUCAUGAUGGUUCUAAUAAAGGUUUUAAUUUGGAAUUAUUAAGACAAGUUAAAGAAAAAGCUUCAAUCCCUGUUAUAGCUAGUUCUGGUGCUGGAAAGCCUGAACAUUUCCAAGAAGUUUUUGACAUGGAUUGUGGAAUUGACGCUGCUUUAGGAGCUGGUUUAUUUCACAGAGGUGAAUAUGAAGUCAACGAUGUUAAGAGAUAUUUACAAAAAGAAUGCUCUAUGGAUGUCAGGUUAGAUGACACUGUGGAAUUAUAG